UCUCAUAUUUGGCCACAACCAGCACCUAUUAGCUCAGGCUUACCUCUGACCUGAUAGCAGUGGUGUUUGACUAGUCACACUUACGUUGAUAUAAGGACAAACCAUGUCCACGCCUGCAUUCAUUUCAGGAAGUUGUGCAGUUAUGUCACAAGGAGUACUACACAAGAAAUAGACGUCUUUCGAGUGCAUGAUCCAGACAUAAUCACUGUUUUGAAAAAUAUCUACUGAGCAGGAUGGAGUUGCCUCCUCGAGCGACACUGUUUGACUUCCAUGGAGUCUCCAUGACCAGAUACUUCACCGACAACUGGGACAACGUCCAAAACUUCAAAGCGAGACCAGAUGAUAUUCUUAUAGCUACUUAUCCUAAAGCAGGGACCACGUGGGUCUCGUACAUCCUGGACCUUUUGUAUUUUGGGCAGGCGUGUCCGGAGCGUCAGACAUCCAUCCCUAUUCAUAUGAGAGUGCCCUUCCUGGAGAUCUGCUUACCGUCUCUACCUGCAGGCAAAGAGCUUGCAGACCAGCUUCCCACCACUCCUCGCCUUAUUAAGACCCAUCUGCCAGUCCAGUUUGUGCCUAAGUCCUUCUGGGAGCAGAACUGCAGGAUAGUCUAUGUUGCCCGUAAUGCAAAGGACAACGCAGUGUCCUAUUUCCACUUUGACCGCAUGAACAAUUGCCAGCCAGAACCAGGAGACUGGAGCACCUUUCUGCAGAAUUUCAUGGAGGGAAAGAUGGUGUUUGGAUCCUGGUAUGACCAUGUGAACGGCUGGUGGGAGAAGAAACAGACACAUUCAAAAAUUCACUACAUGUUCUAUGAAGAUCUCAUUGAGGACUCCGGACGAGAGAUAGACCGACUCUGUUCCUUCCUUUGUUUGUCUCCUUCAGCCGAGGAGAAGGAAAGAGUCAUAACUGGAGUGAUGUUUGACAACAUGAAACAAAAUAAAAUGGCCAACUAUUCCACCGUCCACAUCAUGGAUCACAAGGUGUCUCCUUUCAUGAGAAAAGGGAAGGUUGGUGACUGGAAGAACCAUUUCACUGUGACCCAGAAUGAGCAGUUUGAUGAAGACUACUGGCAGAAAAUGAAGAAUCCCACACUGAAGUUUCGUACUGAGGUGUAGAGGUCCGGCCGGUCAGGUAUAAGUGACAAAGAUGAUGUCUGAUCAGUGCAUUUCUCCUCAUAGUGAAGUGGACUGAUGUUAUAAACUGAUCAAAAAUGAUCAAAGCUGGAUAAAUGUCAGACUUGUAUAUGUUUGAGCCAUGUUGAAUCUCCUUUGUCUCUGUUUGGGAAUCUGGAUUAUGUCACUGGUUUGUGGAAAUUCAUUAGAUGUAAGUGUAUUGGCUUUAUUUAUAUUUAUGUCGUAAAAUGGCAGUGUAUGUUUAAGACCUGAAAAACAAUCUUUUUUUUUUUUUUUUUUAAUUA